AGCCAUCUUUGCCUCUGAUCCUUUCUCUUUUGUUUGCUCAUAACCUUCCCACAAAAGCCAAUUCAGUAACCUGAGCUUGUCCUGUAAAAAAAUUAGGUUUUUUUUGCUGGGUUUUAAUGGGGAUUGGAGUAGACAGAAACCACCUGAAUUUCCACGUUCAUAUGCCGCACCUCCAUUUUCAGCACCAGCAGCUGCAUGAGAAGAAGGAAAUGAAAGACAUCCCAAAGGGGUGUUUGGCAAUCUUGGUGGGUCAAGGUGAGGAGCAAGAAAGGUUCGUUAUACCUGUGAUCUACAUCAACCAUCCACUCUUCAUGCAGCUGUUGAAGGAAGCUGAGGAAGAGUUUGGGUUUGAUCAGAAUGGUCCCAUCACAAUCCCUUGCGACGUGGAGGAGUUCCGCACCGUCCAGGGCAUGAUUGAUGGAGAUAAAUGGCACCACCAGCACCACCAACACCAUCACCACCAUCAUGUUUGGUGUUUUAGGGUUUGAUCAUUGAUGCAUCAUGAUCUGAUGUUGCAGUCAUGUUUUCUCUGUUUCUUUCUCUUUCUCUUAUUUUUUUCUGCAAUUUUUCUAGAAUACGUACCUAUAUAUGGAAUAUUGAUGAUGAAGAAAAAUCCGAUCAU